AUGAGACUUUGUGGUGAGUAUAUCAAUCGUACCAAUGUUUGGUUAGAGAAUAUUACCAAAAUCCCAGGUAUAGCAGCGCGAGCAGUCAGAAGAAAAAUGGAUGUGGGCGAGAAAAAUAUGGACGAAGAUAAUCACCGAAUGGCGACCAUGGAAAUGGAAACGAUCAAAUGGCCGGCCGAGAUUGAGAUGGCGAGACCCCUUCGUGUCAUUCCUUGGAGAAACUUGGAGAAGAGCAGCUACAGACGACCCUAUUUUAUGGAGAAGAAGCAUGCAACGACACAUUGA